AAAGGAAAAAAGAACACACAAAAAAGUAGAGUUACAGUCUUGAGUUGGUAGAAGAGCGACUGGUAAAUAAGAUGUUCGAAGAUGAGAAUAGCUGGGAGCCGGGAGGAGUCGCUAGAUCUGAGUCACUGGAAGACGAGGCUGGAUUAAUUGAAGACAUCUCAGACUCCUUCAAUGAUGUAUCUUCUUACUCGGAAAGGAGAGAUUCGAAUCAGGUUUACGAAGCAAAUCCUUCAAAGCGCACAGAACCAUCAGCAGCUUCCUCUACAAGUCUGCUUAACAGGAAUGAAGAGAAGAAAAACAUUCCGAUUUCUGAGGCCAACAUAGCAGAUGUCAUCCCACUGUCGAAACUAGAAACGCCCGGGACCUCCAUUUCAUCAGAGACAAAGGAAACUGAAGACUAUCAAAAAGUCAGAGUCCCAUCUGGGGAGAAAGUUAGUCCACAAGGCUCUAAAGAAAGUCAGAAAGAAUUUGACUUAGAGGAAGAUAACUUUACAGUUAAUCUUGAGGCCAGGGGUUUACAAGAAUUCCCUAGGGAUGUUUUCAAAGCCAAAUAUGUAAAAUAUCUAUAUUUAGAUAAGAAUCAAAUAAAAACUUUCAAAGUAGCAGACCCAGGGGAUCUGCUAGGACUUGAAAUUCUGUCCCUGCAAGAAAAUGGAUUGUCAUCCAUUCCCUUGGAAAUUCAUUUGCUUACCAAUUUAAGGAUUCUAAAUGCCAGUUACAACCAGAUAUCAUGCAUACCAAAAGAAUUAUUACAACUUGAGAAUAUGAGACAACUCUUUUUAAAUAGUAAUUGUAUUGAGAAUUUACCUUCUGACUUGGAAAGUCUUAUAAAUUUGGAAACUUUAAGUCUGGGCAAAAAUAUGUUAACAAAUGUACCAGAGUCUUUGUCUAGUUUGAAAAACUUGCAAGUUCUUAAUCUGGAAUAUAAUCAACUAACAAUAUUUUCUAAAUCCCUAUGCUUUCUUCCAAAAUUAAUUUCACUAAACCUUACUGGAAACAUGAUAGGCAGUUUGCCAAAAGAAAUUAGGGAACUGAAAAACUUAGAAAACCUUUUAAUGGAUCAUAAUAAACUUACUUUCUUGUCUGUGGAAAUUUUUCAGUUGCCCAAAAUAAAAGAGCUUCAGCUAGCUGACAAUAAAUUGGAAGCUAUCUCACCGAAAAUAGAGAAUUUCAGAGAACUCAGAAUUCUUAACCUUGAUAAAAACUUACUAAAAAAGAUACCCAAGAAACUUUCUCGCUGUGUGAAGUUGGAAUGUCUUAGUCUUAGUGAUAAUAGCAUAGAAGAGCUUCCUAGGAAAAUCCAUAGGCUUAAAAAUUUGAAACAACUCCAUGUAAGCAGAAAUAAAAUGAUAAAAAUGGCUGAAGAAAUCUCCCAUCUCAGUAAUAUAAUCAGUCUGGAGUUUUCAGGCAACCAAAUCACACAUAUUCCAAUUGAAAUAAAGAACUGCAGAAAAAUAACCAGAGUUGAAUUGAAUUAUAAUAAUAUAAUGUAUUUCCCAGUGGGACUGUGUGCUUUACCAUCACUUGACUACUUGAGUUUUAAUGGAAAUUAUAUUUCAGAAAUCCCUAUGGAUGUAUCUUUCAGUAAGCAACUGCUACAUUUAGAGUUGAAUACAAACAAACUCCCCGUGCUUUCAGAACACUUAUGUUCUCUCACGAAUCUUGAAUACCUGGACGUUGGCCAAAACCAAAUAAAAACAAUCCCGUCCUGCAUCUCUACUAUGGUGUCGCUCCGUGUGCUCAUUGUGUCUGGUAAUAAGUUUGAAACUUUCCCAAAGGAACUGUGUGCUUUACACAACUUGCAAGUACUUGAUAUUUCAGAAAAUCAGUUACAGAAGCUACCUUCAGAUAUAACUAAACUAAAAGGUAUCCAGAAAUUAAACUUGUCAAGCAAUCGGUUCUCCUAUUUUCCUGUUGAACUGUGCCAACUGCAAACACUGGAGGCAUUGUACCUGUCCAGGACCCAUGGCAGGAUGUUAACAAGACUCCCAGAAGAGCUGACUAGUAUGACUCAACUGAAAACACUCGACAUCUCCAACAAUGCCAUCAAAGAGAUUCCAAGAAAUAUUGGGGAGCUAAGAUAUCUGGUUAGUCUACAUGCAUACAACAAUCAAAUAAGUUCUUUGCCACCAUCCUUCCUGUCCUUAAAAGUUCUACAGCACCUAGACCUCAGAGGAAACAAUCUGACAGCUCUGCCUAGUGCUAUCUACAGUCUUAUGUCACUGAAAGAGAUCAAUUUUGAUGACAACCCUUUGCUGAGACCUCCGGUGGAAGUCUGUAAAGGAAAACAGCUGCACACUAUUGCAUGCUAUCUCCAAAGAGCAGAUGAAAGAGACGAGAAAAUUUUAGAGAAGAUAUUCAACAUAGUUGCCAACACUAUCACUGAAAUAAACUUUGAAUUUUUGAAACAAAAACUAAACAUGACAACCUCAGAAAAUAGCAUCCUUGUAAGGAACCCUACUCCAUUAAAUGAAAGAAUCUACAACGAAUUUGUUAAGUGGAAAGCAGAUAAGAACUUGUUAUUCACAACGGCUGACUUAAGAGACCAACUUGUUCGGGCACUAAAUAUGAUAGGAGCCUACGACAUAAUAGACAAGAUCACAGCUUUGAAUCUCUAUACAAGUGUCAUCAAACUCUAG